AUGUCCGGCUCUGUAGAAAUGAAGACUGCUGAAGCCUUGAAGCUGCAGAAACAAAUCGUCCUGAACGCCUGUUCAACUAAAAUGCUCUGGAUUUUUGGAUGGUUCCUUCUCUUGUCGAUUCUUUUUGUCUUCUGUGUUCUCGUGGACAUCGACAUUCAGCAACAAGUGGAAAUUCAACGCCUCCAGCAAGCAUUCGAGACUUUCCGGGAAUGA